AUGGGAGAGUCAAGACAGGAGCUUCUUGCCUGGCUGAACAACCUCCUCCAGCUCAACCUUACCAAGGUUGAGCAAUGCGGUAAUGGUUCUGCCUACUGCCAGAUCUUCGACAGCAUCUUCCUCGAUGUGCCCAUGACGAGGGUCAAGUUCAAUGUGAACACCGAGUACCAGUACCUUCAGAACUUCAAGGUCUUGCAGAAUACGUUCGCCAAGCAUAGUGUCGACAAGCCCAUCAAUGUCCAGCAGCUUGUAAAGUGCAAGAUGCAGGACAACCUCGAGUUCCUGCAGUUCUGCAAGCGCUACUGGGACCAGUACUACCCCGGCGGCGACUACGAUGCCCCGGCCCGCAGAAAGGGCUCUGGCGCCCCUGCGCCUUCCGGCGGUGGUGCUCGUUCCGUCUCGUCCAGCGCUUCGCGCAGACCCGGUGGCGGUGCCGCCCCAGCUGCCGCCCGCGCCCGCACCCCGCAGUCUAGCGCGCAGACUGCUGCGCUCCAGCAGGAGAACGCCGCGCUGAAGGAGACGGUGGCUGGCCUCGAGAGGGAACGCGACUUCUACUUCAGCAAGCUUCGGGACAUUGAGCUGCUGAUCCAGAACGCGAUUGAGCAGGAUCCGGAGCUCGAGAAGGAGGACACCAUCUUGAAGUCGAUCCAGACGAUCCUCUACUCGACGGAGGAGGGCUUUGAAAUCCCCGCCGAAGCCGAGGGCGAGUUGGAGGAGGAGACCUUCUAG